UAGUUUCUCAACUCUUAAAAACGAAAUUAAAGAUAAGAAAGCUAACCCUUAUUAUUCUAAUAAACUUUUGAAAGCUAUAUAUUAUGGAAUUAGGGUUUAGUGAACUCUGAGGGCUUGGAAAGACGAUGAACUUCCGCCGUUUCAUUGGUCCUGGUAGCCAUCUCUUCAAAACGGUUUGUUUAACAGAGAAUGCUCCGGCUUCGAUCAGGGUCGAAGCACUAGCGAAGGCAAAAGUGGAAAAUAGGCGGAUGGAGAAGAAGAGAAUCAUGUUCGAGAAACUGCAUGCAAUCUCUGACUGAGCCGGAGGGAAUAAUAGCAUACACGUUAAGAAAGUUGAUGAUGAUUGAGAAGAAGGAGCCCGACUCCGUCACCAAAUCAGACCUGAAUCACGUUGAUUGGUUGGUGCGACGCCCCGUCGCUCGUUUUAAAGCAAAGAUAUUGAUUGGUUAUGAGCUACCUGAGAAGACAAAGGGGACUAGAGUAGUCAGAUGCAUAGGUACCUCAGGCUAUCCAACACACUUUCGCAACUGAAACUCAUGGUUUGGUGGGUUGUCUGAAUGAAUAAAUUAACCACGGCUUUCUGAUUUUCUCUUUGCCUUUUAAAUCUCUCGUGUCUGAAGAGGUAAAAUCUCUAAUGCAAUCUUGUGCAAUUUGCAUCUGAGUUACUUAGGCUUCUUCCUAAUGCAAGCUUGUGCAAUUUUUGAAGGGUCAUUUGCAGCAAUAACCCAGUUCAAUGAUAAAAUGAAGCUUAUGGCACUAUAUAUACCAUGGAAAAUUAAGAAAGUAGCUAGCGUAAGGCCAUUUUGGGUCUAGCUACUGGAGAUGCGGAUUAGGGUUACGGUGGGCUAGCUAGGUUUUGGUGAUCGAAUUAAUGGUUGAAAGUGCGUCUUUAAUCGUUUUGAGUAAAAGGUUUUGUUUACUACAUAUAUAGAACA